UGCACAGAUGCUGCAUGCAAAAAUUUUGCAGCUCGCAUGCCUGGAAGAUCCCUCUGCAGCUUCAGGAAAGUCAGGGUGUGGAUCAGUGAUAGCAACGACCACUAGAAGUAAGAGGUACCACUAUGAAGAUGGUGCUUCAGUCAAGUACAGCCGAGACGGAUUUGAGACAUUUCAUUGGCAAUUUUCUUUCCUUCUCGGCAGCCGAAAUGCUGCAUGUGUGCAUUGGAGCGCUCAAUAGAAAGCGAGCAUUGCGUGCAUGCAUGCAAAUUUGUUAGCUCAGAGGCAAAGCACCAAUUUUGAGGGCAGAUAGAGGGUGGAAACGCUGACUCCCAUGAUGCAUGUGAGAGUGGAUGCAUGGAAUUCCUUCGAAGUGGCAAUACCAAGAGAGGCGCUGUAAAUAUGGACAGUCUGCAGCGCACCAAAGUGCAGCCACCUCAAUGGUGAUGCCUAAAAAGGGUAUAUAGUGGCAGGCCUGCAGGUAUAUGCAUUAUUUUAGAGUUCUCUGCUAGGUAAUUUUGCAGAGCUACGAGUGGUUGAUCCUGGAAAUUGUCAUACACCACAUGUAAAAAAAAUGCAUUUCCU